AUAGAUUGAAUCUAAAGUUCUAUCUCGAGAAGUUUGAUCAUGUUGUUUUGAUAUUUAAGUUUUAGAAGCUGAUAAUUAAUAUUAUAUUCAAAUCCCUAUGAUCAAAUUAAACUAAGAAGAAUUGUAUGAUUCAUAAUGAGCCUAAAACAAGGGAAAAAAGAUACAAAAAUGCGUAUUCGAGCCUUUCCUAUGACUAUGGAUGAAAAGUAUGUGCAGAACAUCUGGUCCCUCCUUAAAAAUGCCAUUCAGGAAAUUCAGAAAAAAAACAACAGUGGCUUGAGCUUUGAAGAGCUGUAUCGUAAUGCCUACACUAUGGUAUUGCAUAAACAUGGUGAAAGAUUAUAUACUGGUCUAAGAGAGGUUGUCACUGACCAUCUUGUUGGCAAGGUUCGUUUGGAUGUGCUAAAUUCACUAAGAAACAACUUUCUACAAACUCUUAACCAGGCUUGGAAUGAUCACCAAACAAGCAUGGUUAUGAUAAGAGACAUUCUGAUGUAUAUGGACCGAGUAUAUGUCCAACAAAAUAAUGUUGAUAAUGUCUACAAUUUAGGACUAAUAAUAUUUAGAGACCAGGUGGUGAGGUAUGGGUGUAUUAGGGAUCAUCUUAGGGAAACUUUAUUGGAUAUGGUGAUGCGUGAACGUCGAGGAGAGGUGGUUGAUAGAUUAGCAAUCAAGAAUGCCUGCCAGAUGUUGAUGGUCUUGGGAAUCGAUAAUCGAUGUGUCUAUGAGGAAGAUUUUGAGAAACCAUUUUUAGUGCAGUCUGCAGAUUUUUACAGAAUGGAAAGUCAAAAAUUUCUUGAAGAAAAUAGUGCAUCUGUUUACAUAAAUAAAGUCGAACAAAGAAUUAACGAAGAAGCAGAAAGGGCUAAACAUUACCUUGAUGAAUCUACUGAAGAGCUCAUUGUUAAAGUUGUGGAAGAAGAACUCAUAAGCAAACACAUGAAAACAAUUGUUGAAAUGGAAAAUUCUGGUGUUGUCCAUAUGCUUAAAAAUCAGAAGACAGAUGAUUUGGCAUGCAUGUAUAAACUAUUUAACCGAGUGCACGAGGGCUUGAAAACUAUGGUAGAAUGUGUCAGUGCUUACCUCAGAGAGCAAGGUAAAGCAUUGGUUACUGAAGAAGAAGGCGGAAAAAGUGAUGCACUCACUUUUGUAAAAAAUCUACUGGACUUGAAAGAUCGUUUUGAUCACUUUCUCUUCCAUUCUUUCAAUGGUGACAGAUACUUCAAACAAAUGAUUGCUGGAGACUUUGAAUUUUUUCUAAAUCUCAAUCCUAAGUCACCAGAAUAUCUCUCCCUCUUCAUUGAUGACAAACUUAAGAAAGGAGUUAAAGGGAUGACUGAACAAGAAAUAGAGCAAGUGCUAGACAAAACAAUGGUUUUGUUUAGGUAUCUUCAGGAAAAAGAUGUAUUUGAAAGGUACUAUAAGCAGCAUUUAGCUAAGAGACUACUUUUAAAUAAAAGCGUGUCUGAUGAUUCUGAGAAAAACAUGAUAUCAAAACUAAAGACUGAAUGUGGAUGCCAGUUUACUUCUAAAUUAGAGGGAAUGUUUAAGGACAUGUCUGUUUCUAAUACUAUGAUGGAGGAAUUUAAGACACAUAUUUCAACAUCUGGUACCAACCUUUAUAACGUUGAUCUAAACGUAAGAGUUCUAACCACUGGAUUUUGGCCAACUCAAUCUGCCACACCUAAGUGCAAUGUGCCAAUGGCUCCUAGAAAUGCUUUUGAUGCUUUUAGAAGGUUUUAUUUGGCAAAACAUUCUGGACGUCAGCUCACUCUUCAGCCUCAGUUGGGAUCGGUGGAUUUAAAUGCUGUUUUUUAUGGUCCCAGGAAGGAAGAAACUGAGCAGGCCCCAACUGAUCGAAACCCCCGGAAACACAUCAUUCAAGUGUCCACUUAUCAGAUGUGUGUGCUCAUGCUUUUUAACUCAAGGGAUCGCCUCACAUAUGAGGAAAUUUCAUCUGAAACAGAUAUACCUGAAAAAGAUUUAAUUCGAGCACUUCAAUCACUAGCAAUGGGUAAAACCAACCAAAGGAUCUUAAUAAAAAAUCCUAAAACUAAAGAAAUAGAACCAGCUCAUCAGUUUAUGGUAAAUGAUUCAUUUACAUCUAGGUUACACCGUGUAAAAAUUCAAGCAGUUGCUGCUAAGGGUGAAACUGAACCUGAAAGAAAAGAAACCAGAAGCAAAGUGGAUGAAGACAGAAAACAUGAAAUAGAAGCUGCUAUAGUAAGAAUCAUGAAAGCAAGGAAGCGAAUGGCUCACAAUGUUUUAAUUACUGAAGUUACUGAACAGUUGAAGUCUAGAUUUAUUCCAAGUCCUGUAGUUAUUAAAAAGAGAAUUGAAGGCUUAAUAGAACGUGAAUAUUUGGCCAGGACAGCGGAAGAUAGAAAACUCUACACAUAUGUGGCAUGAGUAGCACUUCUGCAUUCUUUAGCAAUUUGUGAUGAUAAAAAAAAAACUCUUUUAAAAAAAAAUUAUUAAAAAAAACAUGACUGGUCAUGCAUAAUAUUCAUUUGCUCAUUCUAUAGUCAUGGACAUACUUUGGGAAAUGAGCUCAGUGAACAGAAUGAAUUUGUUUUACUUCUGUCCCCUCACUUCUUCUCUGUCUGUGUAUGUAAUAAAGAAUUGCUUACUUUGAAUAAAUUGAUUUUGUGAUUUCUAUUACAUUUUGAAUUUAUGUACACCAUGUAUAAUGACUUUUAUUUUUGCUCCAGUUUUUUUCUAUAUUUUGUUACAUAUUCCUCGAAAAUAUUUUUGUUGUGUUGUAGUAGUUAAUAAAUAUGUUUUUUUAAUUUUAUUUCAAAAAAAGUGUAUUGGAAUCUUAUUCAAGUUAAAUUUUUCCGAUUAAAAAAUAUUUUUUUUAAAAAACUAUGUUCUUUUAUUUUUCUCAGUAUUUUUUAAACAAAAUGUUUCUCCAGCCAUCCUUUUAUAAUCACAAAUAUGAUACAAGCUCUAAUAAAUUGAAAAAUAUCUUUUUUUCUAGUUUAGCUUGAAGUAUAUUUUAUGAGCUUUAACAGUAAAGUGUACAAUGCUGUUAGUAUAAAAUAAAAUCAGUUGUUCAUUUGUAAAAUAUCUGAACAUAGGAGGUUUAUUUCAUUGAUAUCCCAAUUAUUUUACUUUUAUUCAAUUAAAUUGCAUUUAAAGUGAUUGUUAUAGUGUACUUUUUAGAUAACUAUUUAUUUAAUCUUUGUAUAAAUGGCAUUUUUACUUUUUAAUUCUUCAUUUUUAACAAUUAUAAUGCAUAUAAAGUUGUUGUUUUAUUAUAAUUAUUCUAAAUUAAUAACCAUUGUAGAUAAAUGUUAUUUUUCUUCUAGUUUUUACUUCAUAUAUUAUCACUCUGAUUUAAACUACAUUAUGGAAACUUCAUUUUAAAUUUUUUUUUUUUUUUUUAAAGAAAAAAGCCUUUUUCCCAGUUUGUUUCUUUUCAAUUUAUGAUUAUUGUUUUCAAGAGAAACCUCCUAUGCUGUAGAAAGGUGUUUGAAAAUAUCCUGGAUUUAUUUUUGGAAUAAUAAAGAAAUUUAAUUACAGAAA